AUGGCGCCGUCAGGCUCAGGCCGUAUCAAAAGGAGCUGUCAGAGAGUUUUAUACUGGAUCCCAGUCCUUUUCAUUACCAUCAUAGUGGCUUGGUCCUACUACGCCUAUGUUGUUCAGCUCUGCAUAGAGUCUGUGGAGAACAUCUGGGAAAAAAUCGUUUGUCUCCUGGCAUAUCAUAUCUUUUUCUUCAUGUUUGCCUGGGCCUACUGGCAGACCAUUUUCACAAAGCCAAUGAAUCCACUGAAGGAGUUCCACCUGUCAUAUGUCGACAAAGAAGUGCUGGAGAGAGAAGACAGAGGAGAAUCGCAGCAGGAGAUUUUGAGAAGAAUAGCUAAGGAUUUACCCAUCUACACCAGGACAAUGUCUGGAGCUAUUCGUUUUUGUGACCGCUGUCAGCUGGUGAAGCCAGAUCGAUGUCAUCAUUGUUCAGUCUGCGAUAAGUGCAUCUUAAAGAUGGAUCAUCACUGUCCCUGGGUAAACAACUGUGUGGGCUUCUCCAACUACAAGUUCUUCAUGCUUUUCCUGCUGUAUUCUCUGCUGUACUGCCUCUUCAUUGCUGCUACAGACUUACAGUACUUCAUUAAAUUCUGGACCAACGGCCUGCCUGACACCCAGGCUAAAUUUCACAUCAUGUUCCUGUUCUUUGCGGCCUCCAUGUUCUCGGUCAGCCUGUCUUCUCUGUUCGGGUACCACUGCUGGCUGGUCGGCAAGAACAGAUCCACUCUGGAGGCCUUCCGGGCUCCCGCCUUCAGACACGGAGCAGAUAAAAAUGGCUUCAGCCUGGGCUUCAGCAAGAACUUCAGACAAGUCUUUGGCGAGGAGAAGAAGUUCUGGCCCCUGCCCAUUUUCUCCAGUCAGGGUGACGGCUGCUCCUUUCCUGCCUGCCUCGUGAACCAGGACCCAGAGCAGCCGCCAGCUCCGGGCGGAUACAACCCGCCAAACAAGACUGCUGGAGAACCGAAUGCAUUCCCAGCGAAGCCACUGAGAGAGUCCCAGAGCCGGCUGCUGCACAGCGGACCGCCCUGGCCGGAGAGCGAAGGGGUCGGAGACAAGGACACGCAAGGCACAAGCAACCCGGGAAUGACUGUAGAAAAUGAGACUUAAAGUUAAAGGAUUUACAUACAAAAGUAAAGGGUUGGAUGGUCCCUCUCUGUUUUCUACAGGUCUGGCCUGCAUAUUCUGAUUGAGCUCAGUGGGGCCUUGAUUAAGAAGUUGUGGGUGUGCUGUCUUAGCCAAACCCCAUUAUCCACCUCAUGACUCAAAACCAAAACGGUGCAGUCCAUUACCCUGUGAAGAAAGAGCUGAUUUUUCUAUCGAUAACGUGUAUUUAUGAAAACAUGGGAACCUGAGAAAUAUGGAAUUAUACUUGAUCACGUCGAAAAAUACCCAGCCGUUUUGUGGCCCAAAAACUAUGUGAAGUUAAGCAGAGUUACAAUGACAAAGCAGCAUUCCAAGUAUUCAUACUGUUUUUAAAGUUUGUAUCUGAAAAAAGCACAGCAAGAAAGUAAAAAUAUAUAUAUAUAUUUGAGUGUCUGCUGCUGUAACGUGGAUAUAAGGUGAUAGCUUUGAGAAUGUACCUUUACCUUUUUCUUACCAAAAGAGCUCUGAAGUUGAGUGUUUGACCUGUGGAACAUUGAAUAACUCCCAUUAAUACGCUUCUUAUUAAGGUUUCCAAGUUUUACUUUUUGUGCCUUUGUCUAUGAUUUGCCUUUGAGUAUAGAAAAAUACAUACAAAUAUUGCAAAGAGAACCUUUCACAUUGAAGUUAUCACUAUAUCUGAGUCUUAUUUGGACCAACAAUUUAAAGAGUUACAGUAUUUGUCAGAAAAAUAAAAUAUACUUAAGAUAACUGUACAGUUGACCGUAAGUUAUGCAUUCUGUGACUACUGAGGUGUACAUAAUGCAGUUGGGAUGCUUUUAUACGGCAUGCCAAAAGAUACCUAAAAAACAUUUUGUAUGAGUAUAAGACUUGAAUGAAAGUUAAAUCGGUAAUAAACAGCACUUUUUUACAGCACUUUCUCAAUGCUGUAUUUAUCAGUAUAUGCAGUACUGUGUGACAUACAGGCUUUGAUCUCGUCAGUGAGCAUUAACGCUUUGAAGGGAUACCCACAGGCACACAAUGCUGUGAACUAUAAGGGCUGCGUUAUGAUUUAUGUAUUUGAAUGAAAUAAGGUGGCAGUAUGAAAUAGGAUGUCGGUAUCUCAGAGGUUAGAAUCUCUCACUGCAAAUCUAUACGUCACUUUAGCCUCUAAACCUCCUCUGCAGUGGCUGAGUUAUGUCAAAUUUAGAAAUAAAGUGCAAUGCCAUGAAAUGUGAAGGAUAGAAUGAAAACACCCACCCACAAGACUGUGAUUGAUGGAUUAGCUGUCUAACGCACCGGGCCAAGGGGGACAAAGAACCAUCUAAAUGAGAAAAAUACAUUUUUUGCAUUUAGAUUUCCUCGUGUUUUUCUUUUCUUGACACAAUCCCCCUCUAUACUUCCGUGAGGGAUAUCAGCAGCCCAGGUUUAAACCUGAUGUCAGAGAUUUAUCACAGUUCAUCAGUGUGCUUUUUGUCAACAAUGGUCAGUUUAAAAGUGAAGAAUGAAAUAGGGUUCAUUCUUUGCAGUAAAGUUAGGGCAAAGAAAUACAUUAGUACACUGAAGGGUAGCAUGCUAACUGAUACACUAGCCUCAUUCUUAUUAUUGUGCACUGCAACAAAUUAUUCCUUUCCACUUUUGUACACCGCUGCCCAUUUGACAGAUGAAAUGGGUAUAAAGGGGAAUUGCGCUCCUGGGUCUUCCUUCCAAUGGAUGAAAAGCGGUUUUCAGUUUGAAACACGGUCAGAAAUAUGUUGAAAUCAAUACAAAUGCGAUUCUAAGCUCGCCCACAGCAAUCCUCCGAAUCCGAUCAAGUCAGAGGCUCCUCCUGCUUAGCCCUUUGUGGUUAGAGUUUGUAACUCAGCCGAUCUUGUAUUGGGUUUCCUGUCAACCUCUAUUCCUCAUGACCCUAGUGGUUUAAGGUUUCAAGGUCAAAGGUCAUUAAAAUAAAAUAAUAAUUUUAGAAUCUGAAUUGGUCAUUUAUGUGUUCUUUUCCCCCCUUGGGUCCCUUGUCUCCCCAAUCUAUAACUGCCAACUGUGCCUCUCAAACUGCUGCCGUGCCAACCACACCUAGAACAAGAGGUAGCAUCUGACGCUACCCCACUCCUGCAGCUAAUGCAGCGGUAGCCUGAGUAACCCCAGUGUCUGACGCUAACCCACUCCUGCAGCUAAUGAAGCGGUAGCCUGAGUAACCCCAGUGUCUGACGCUAACCCACUCCUGCAGCUAAUGCAGCAGUAGCCUGAGUAACCCCACGCUAACCCACUCCUGCAGCUAAUGCAGCAGUAGCCUGAGUUACCCCAGCGUCUGACGCUAACCCACUCCUGCAGCUAAUGCAGCGGUAGCCUGAGUAACCCCAGUGUCUGACGCUAACCCACUCCUGCAGCUAAUGCAGCGUUAGCCUGAGUAACCCCACGCUAACCCACUCCUGCGGCUAAUGCAGCGUUAGCCUGAGUAACCCCAUCUAUGCUCAUUUACAUCUGUGUGCUAUGCAGACAGAUGGAGGCUAAGACCCACAUCAGAGCCUCCUUCCUUGGUUACCUGCAUACAGUAUGUUCAGAAUUUCAGCCCAGGUUCCUGUCACCUUCCUCUCACACACGGCCGAAGCACUGUCAUCUGACGACUGUUACCAAACCUGCAGCACGUUGUGACUCAUGUUUCAUCUCAAGAAAAUGCUGUUCAUUUCCCUUAUGUGAUCUCAUUUUCUUUCGGGAAGAACGGCCUUGUGUGAUUCAGUUUUAUGAAGUCAUCUUUUUUUAUUUAUUUUUUAUUACUGCCAGGAAAUGUUGAAUGAAAUCACCUGGUACUUAAGGGGAAAAAAAUACCAAUGGAUACAGGGAACUGUGCCUGUAUGACAAAUCCACCAUUCCUACAGCCCUGUAAGAACGAUAUACACUCAGUGAGCACUUAGGUAUUUAUGAGACAUAAGUCUUCUGCUGCUGUAGCCUGUCCACUUAAGAGGUUUGACACAUUGUUUGUUCAGAGAUGCUCUUCUGCAUACCACUGUUGUAAUGUGUGGUUAUUUGCGUUACUGUUACGUUCCUGUCAGCAUCGAACAGUCUGGCCCUUCUCUGACUACUCAUUAACAACGCAUUUCUGCCUGCAGAACUGCUGCUCACUGGAUGUUUUUUGUUUUUCGCAGCAUUCUCUGCAAACUCUAGAGAUGUGUUAUGGGCGCAAAUCCCAGGAGAUCAGCAGUUUCUGAGGCAGAAAUCGCACAAAUAAGUAGGCGUGCAGGUGUUCCCAAUAAAGUGCUCAGUGAGUGUACACCUCCCAGUAAAUGGGUAAUCCGGCGCACGUGUAGGAGGUCAAUCCUCUAUGCAUUUCAUGUAGCAAUUUCACGCGCAGUAGUUUAGUGGGGAGGAGGGUUUAGAAAACUGCCUUCGAUUUGCCACUAUAUUUUAAUGGUCGGGGCUGGAUCAUGAUUUAAGAUCACGAUGGGAGUGGCUUGCCUCAUAUAGUUCACUGUAAGGGCAGCAGUCCUGCUGUUGUUCCAGUGACAGCCUAAUGCCGAAGAGCAUGAUACAACAUCUAAGACCGAGUCCAUUUCAGCAUGAAUGCAAAAGUAUUGGGACAGUCUUUGCCAAUUGCUUGUUUUUCAACCAAUAGGGAAACGUUGACUCAUGAAAUGGCAUUGUGAAGUAGCUGAAUAUGAAAAGUAAUUAAAUAAAUAGACAUUCUGAAUUUAGCCUUAAAAAAAAAAACAUUUUGUAGAAAUACAAACAUCAUUAGUACAAACAACCAAUCUGACAACUGUUCCAAUAUAAUGAAUUUAAGUGUUUGCAAUGACAGAUUUUUUAUUUUAUUUUAUUUUUUUAUUCUAAGCAUACCUGAAAGUGUGGCUCCAAGCAGAAGUUAGAUAUGCUAAUUUCAUAUAUGUGCAUUUGGGGCUUUAAGGUGUCAUGGUAACAACUGACAGAAUAGGCUGAGGGACUGUCAGAGAAAAGCAGAAAAAAUUGAAUACAAUUAUUUCAGUGUUGCUCCACCAUUAUAUAAAAAUGUAAACAAAAAAUGAACACUGGGGAUUUAAAAGCCCAAAACGUUUGUAUUUGAAAGUUUACUAAUGUACAGCAUAAAUGUAACUGGUGAAAUUAAUUGGCGUUUUGUCGACUGGGAAUGCUGCAUUUUAUCUCUAUGAAAUGUAUGUCUUACAGUGUAUGCUUUUAAUCGAUGCAACCCAUGUAUUAUGUAAACAGUAUAGCAUAUAUAUAUUUUUAUAUUAAUUUGCUGGCGAUAUGGAAUAUGCUUAUCUCUUUGAAUACGAUGUGAAUACUGUGUAAAAUGUGAAUGCUGCGUCAAGAUAAUAAAUAAAGUUUGCGUUAAAAACU